UUGACGAAUUUUCGUCGACGUCAUUUGUAUCUUGUAUGGUAUAGCAGUAUAAUAGUAAUAUUACUAUAUUAGUGUACACCUUAUUGUGUCUUACUAUAGUGUAUAUCACAACAAUUCGACGUUUCAUUAAACUCUUUUUGUUCACGUCUAAAUAAAAAACGUAGGUUCGUGACACAAACGUGUGGAACGAUAAUAAUAAUAAUUAAUAACAAUUAAUUAUUUACAGUAAUCUAAUAGUGUGCUAAUAGUUUUUCGUUAAUCAUUUUUGAUUUCGCCUUUUUUGGUUUAUUCCAAACAAAUCUGAUCAGAGAUUCAACCGGGCACAGAGUCCGGUCAGGACAAACAAUACGUUGUUUGACGCAUCCUAUAAUUAACAAAUUACGAUGGAUGAAGAAUACGACUGCAUCGUGCUGGGCACCGGUCUCAAGGAGUGCAUUCUGUCCGGUAUGCUGUCGGUUUCAGGUAAAAAAGUGUUGCACGUUGACCGCAAUAAAUACUACGGCGGUGAGUCUGCGUCGAUCACGCCGCUGCAGGAGCUGUUCCAGAAGUUUGGCGUGAAGGAACCCGAUGAAAAGGAGCACGGGCGCGGCCGUGAUUGGAAUGUCGACUUGGUGCCUAAGUUCCUCAUGGCCAAUGGUUUACUGGUCAAGCUGCUUAUACAUACAGGUGUUACGCGCUACUUGGAGUUCAAGUCGGUCGAGGGCAGCUACGUGUACAAGGGUGGCAAAAUCUACAAGGUACCUGUCGACCAGAAGGAAGCACUGUCAUCGGAUCUGAUGGGAAUAUUCGAGAAGAGGCGGUUCAGAAAUUUCCUGAUAUUUGUGCAAGACUUCCAGGAGAAUGACCCCAAGACAUGGAAGGAUGUUGACCCGCAGCGCAUGUCUGCGUAUCAGCUGUACACCAAGUUUGGUUUGGACAAGAACACUCAGGACUUCACCGGUCAUGCUCUAGCUCUCUAUUUGAAUGAUGACUACAUUAACGAACCUGCCGCCAAUUUGAUCAGACGCAUCAAGUUGUACAGCGAUUCUCUUGCACGUUAUGGAAAAAGCCCGUAUUUGUAUCCUUUAUACGGGCUCGGAGAACUGCCUCAAGGUUUUGCUCGUCUCAGUGCUAUUUAUGGUGGUACUUACAUGUUGAAUACUCCCGUCGAUGAAAUUGUUUUUGAAGGAUCUAGUGUUGUUGGCAUUAAAAGUGGCGGUGUUGUCGCUAAAUGUAAACAAGUGUUCUGUGACCCGUCCUACGUAAAAGAAAGAGUGAAAAAAACUGGUCAAGUAAUCCGUUGCAUAUGUUUGUUGAAUCAUCCUAUACCCAACACUCGUGACGCGCUUUCUACUCAGAUCAUAAUUCCACAGAACCAGGUUAACCGUAAGUCUGAUAUCUACGUUUCGUUAGUAAGUAACACCCAUCAAGUGUCUGCACAAGGAUGGUUUAUUGCUAUGGUUUCUUCCAAAGUAGAAACUAGUAACCCAGAAUUGGAGAUCAAGCCUGGUUUGGACUUGUUGGGACCUAUUAAACAGAAAUUUGUAUCUAUUUCUGAUUAUUAUGAACCUAUUGAUGAUGGAAAAGAUAGCAAGGUAUUUAUUUCAAAGUCGUAUGAUGCUACAUCGCAUUUUGAGACAACAUGCUUGGACGUUUUGGAUAUUUAUAAACGAGCUACCGGAGAAGAAUUUGAUUUUUCUAAAAUUAAAUUAGAAAGUGAUGAUGUUCAAUAAUUUAAAAAAAUGCAUUUUUAUCAUAUAUUAUUAUUAUAUCUCAAUGAGAAAUUGUUUCUAUUUCAUAUUAUCUUGUAAUCAGUUUAUUGCCAAAAUAAUGAUUUAAAUCUUUUUUGAGAAUUGAAAUUAUCAUUACUGUCAAAUUAUGAAAUUUUUUCCAAUGGGUGAAGUAGGUACCUAAAGUUAAGAAUAUUAUGGUAGAAAUAUCUUAUUUAUUUAAAACAAAAUUAUCGUUAAAAACCCUUUAGAUAAUCAUACAAAUAUUUAACAUAUAUGAAUAUUAUACAAUUUUUUGUAAUUAUUAUUUUGUUUCUAUUAUUUCAUUCUUUUUGUAAAAAAUAUUUAUUAUAAGUUGUACCUGUUUUUUUUUUGUCAUUUUUACAUUAUUGGCAUUAUCACGUAAUUAUGCUAAUGGGCGAUUUUCUUUAUGUAUAAAAAAUUUCGUGGUGUCAAUAUACAAUUUUAAUAAACUUACAAAAAUUCUAAUUUUUUUGUGCUUUUUCUGUUCGCUUUUGAGUCGCCUUGACCGUCGUGCACAAGUAUGCUUAUGUUUAGCUUUAAACCAAUAAUUUUUAAUUGUUUAUUGCUUAUACAAUGUACAGUUUUAUGUUUUGUUUUUUUAUCACUAUCGCCAACAGAUAUUUAAUCAAAUCGUUUAAUUAGUAUUAUAGAACUGAUGUCGCCACAUUAUAUAAAAUAUAAAAUUUAGUGACUUAACGACUUGAAA